UUUUCCUUUCGAAAUUCUCCCGUCUGCUCCCCGCCCCGCCUCCAAAUCCUAACUCCAGACUCUCCUUUCUUUGCUUCCUGUCUCGUUCUUUUUCACCCCCGAGAUCAGAAGGGAUCUCAGGCGCGCCCGGACUCCGACCCGGGCCAGAGUCCGAAGGAGGCGGGACCGGCCGGCCCGGGAUGAUCCGAGUCGUGACAGCCGCCCCACAGGCUCUGCGCCCCCUCCUCAGGAUGGCCAGCACCGCCGGGCGCAGCCGCGGGACCCUCACCGACAAAGUGGCCCUGGUCACGGCCUCCACCGAAGGGAUCGGCUUCGCCAUCGCCCGCCGCUUGGGCCAAGACGGCGCCCACGUGGUCCUGAGCAGCCGGAAGCAAGCCAACGUGGACCAUGCUGUGGCGGAGCUGCAGAAAGAGAACCUGAGCGUGUCGGGGCUGGUGUGCCACGUGGGGAAGGCCGAAGACCGGCAGCGGCUGAUCGAUACGAUCCUGGAUAUCAAUGUUAAGGCCGCUGCUCUACUGGUAAAGCUGGUUGUGCCUCACAUGGAGAAAAGAGGGGGUGGCUCCAUCGUCAUUGUUUCUUCGAUCGCUGCGUAUGCUCCCUUCCCGCUUGUGCAAAACGAAGACAUGGAAAAUAAAGAUGAUAAGGAGCCGCGAGGGAUCCAGAGAAUCGGAGUCCCCUCGGAUUGCUCCGGCAUGGUCUCCUUCCUUUGUUCCCCGGACGCCGACUACAUCACAGGGGAGACCAUGGUGGUGGGCGGAGGAGCCCCGUCCCGUCUCUGAUGCGGCUCCGGCCUGCCUUCCCAACUUACCCGAUGACAACAGUGGCCCCAUAGAUGGACGGACUUCCUCCGCUUUCUGGAGAAAAGGGGUGGGGGGACACUGGUGUGAGAGGGGGACAUAGUAACAAAGAUUUGUGGGUAGCUUCACAGGAGAAGUACGUGGUUCAUAGGGGCAGUCUGUCUGUCCUCGAAUGUCAACAGGGUGAGAUGAAGGCAUGGGAGAGACGUCCCUUCCAACAGGACAUCAAUGGGGGAUUGUGGGGGGAAGAGAACCGAUGUCAGGGUCUCAUUUUGGGUUGGGGAAGAUAAAGGGAAGGAUCCCUUCAUAUCACGGGUGUCCAACUCUGGCACUUCAGAUGUUCGUGGGCUACAAUUCCCAUCAGCCCCUGCUGGGCCAAUUGGCUAUACUGGCAGGGGCUGAUGGGAAUUGUAGUCCAUGAACAUCUGGAGAAGCAUAGGUUGGCCCCCCUUGCUUUAUAUAAACUGAGUGUGUUCUUCCCAGAGGGAGAAACUUUAAUGGGGAACAGCAAAUGAAAUUAUACAGCUAAUGGCGUUCCCCCAGAAAGAAGAAUUGUCUGUAUCCAUAAAGGUGUGCAUUUGGAAAGAGCUUUAUUUGGGGGUGGGGGCUCUUCGUGGUUGUUUUGGGGACCCUUCAGGGAAAGCAUUAAGGAAUUGGGCUAUGGGGGGAGAAUUCCACAUCUCUUUUGCCCCCAAGAAUUGAAAGUUAGAGGGCAGUUCACAGCCUGGCUGUUGGAGGGGGGGCUAUUUCUCCGUCAGUGCCUUAUGUGUGUGUGUGUGUGUGUUUUUUUUAAAAAAACAUGCCAGAAAUAAAAUAAAGCACGUGUCUCUGA